UGGUGCAUUGUUUCUGUAUAGUUUGCAGACAUGGCUAAUUUCAAGUUAUUUUCAGCAGUUGCUGCUAUCCUGAUUGCCUCUUGUGUAGGUGCAUCUGUCGACAUCGGCGCAAGAAUUUCUGAUGACCGCAAUAUAGACCAGUGCAACGCUGCUGCGGCGAAAGUGAAACUUCUUCAAACAAACAUUUACGAACCAGCUAAGUUUUUGUUACCUGUUACCAGGACCCUGAACUAUCCCGAAAGUGGUUUAAAUACCCAUAGAAUAUCCUGCCUCAAGGUCAUGAAUAUGGAUACCGGCGAUCAUGGUGGACACCCUGAGGUCAUCUCCGGUGGGGUUGGGUCCUAUGACGUCCAGAUUCGUCUAACUUCACAGUGGGGUCAACCACUGAAUUUCAGAGUUGAAAUUUGGGCCGAAGCAUAAGAUAGUUAUAAACUGUCAUCGUUUAACAAGAGCUUGUAUUUUGACUUUAAGUAAUAAAAUACAUUUAAAUGGGCCCAUACAA